AGUGAGACCGGAGAUUCUGCUCACUCAGAUUGCUUAAACACUAAUGAGGUUAGAAAUAGUGCUUGUAUUAUAAGGAACAACGACAAAGAUACUUCAGAUUCAAACUGCUCUUUGUGAGAAUUGAUGAGGCAAAAGCGAUCCUAUCAAGUUGAACAAGCUGAAUUCGAGUCUGGAACUACUAAAAAGCUUCUUUUGGACAAGCAUAGGGGACCAAAUACAUGCCUUUGGCAAAACCAACUGGAUUUAAAAACAGUGCAAACUGAUGAAGAAGAAAAGGAACACCAGAAGAGUUGUGGCCGCAAAGUUAGCAAUCAUGCUAAUUUAGUGUAUGGGAAACUACCUCUUCCAGCUGUCAGUGAUGGUUUUUUACAAACUACGAUGCCAAAAGGCAUAUGUUUUAGCCAGCAUGAAAUGGAAGGUGUAGAAGCAAGUAAAGUGUUGAGGAACAGUACAAACGGAGGGUCUUCUUUAAGGCAUGGUGGACCUGAAAAUUUUCAUUUUAUCGAUUCCAUAGGCCAAUCUGUGGCUUGCAUGGGUGAAAACCUUAUAGUUUGCUCAGCUUUUACAAAACCUAUGGCUUCUGAUGCCUGUACCAAAAAUCAUUUGUUAGACACUUGGUUAAGAACAGCUGCUGUUCAUACAGUCCGAGCUCCUGAGAGAAGUUUGCAAACCGAUUCUUCUGCUACAAGUAGUGUGCAGAGCUCAUUAAUUGAUAAAAAUUCUGGCAAAUAUAAUUGCAUGGAUCAAAGUUCUCAUGGAAACAUAUCUUCUGUGCAACAUGAUCAGAUGAUGUUUUAUGUGAAUUCUUUGGACAGAAGUGCUGCAAAUUAUAUGCAAGUAUUGUUAAGUGAAAAAGUGGAUAAUCAAAAGGUGGGUGAAAAUUUGUUGCAUGACACUAUUGGUUCUGAACCCACCGAUCUAAAGGGUUGUCAGAUGAAAUUAACUAAAAGCAAGAACCCCCUGGUUGAUAAGAAUCUUGAAAGUACUUUGUCCUUGCCAACCACCUCUAAUACCAAUUUACAUUUGGACGAGAACAGCUGUGAUGAAAUGCCAGGGAAUGCUUUGGAUGUCUUUCCUCCCAUUUCUGCGAGGGAUUCUCUGAAAGAGGUGGAAACUUGCAACAAGUAUGGUCCAAUUAAAACACUUACAUCUAAUGGGAUGAAGGGUAUCAUCACUCACUAUCAAAAUGAUGGCUCUCACCUCUACCUAUUAACACCUAAUAUUUUGCCUCCUUCUGCGGUUACUGUGCAUAGAUGGCUAUGUUGUGAUGAAAGAGGUAUCUACUAAACCGCGAUCAUUGAUUUA